AUGUUUAACAAGAAAGCUGGCCCUGCGGAGGAGACCAACGAGGGAGCCUUCAGCGUGUGGCGCCAUGUGUACGACCGGUCCAACACGGGCCAGCCCAGCUUCCCGUCGAGGUUGAGGCGUCCCUCGGCGUCGUCGCCGCUCGAGGUCAGCGAAGACGGCACCGUGCUCACCCACACCGGCCGCAACCCCGGCAAGGAAGUCAUAUCCUUUCCGCCCUCCCCGGGCUACUACUUCGAGGUGACCAUCGACGCGCUGGCCAAAGAGGGCGUUCUGGCCAUCGGUUUGGCCGAAGACGACUUCCCCGCCGAGGGCCAGUUCCCCGGAUGGAAGAAGAACUCCUACGGGUUCCACUCCGAUGACGGCAAUAUCUACGUCCAGAACGGCAAGGGAACCAAGUACAGCACGCCCUACGCCGCGGGAGACGUGAUUGGGUGCUACGUGAGCACCCGCUCGGCGCUCUCCUUCACCAGGAACGGUGCCGAGCUGGGCUCGACUCCGCUCCCGGUGGGCAACUACUACCCCACGAUCGGAGUCGAUGCGAGCGCCCAGCUGCAGAUCAACUUCGGCCAGCACCCGUACAAGUUUGCCCAAACGCCCUACGCCACCCUGGUCGCCGCGGAAACGCUGCGGGCGAAACUCGAGGCCAAGCGCUACGUCACCCACAUCACCUUGGACAAGGACACGAUGUACUUCCGCGGGUGGGUGCUCGACGCGCACGACCAGUCGCCCGUAGGUCAGCAGUUGGCCAACUCGCUGAAGGCCAAGCUGCAGAUCUUCUCUCCCGCCGACGCUGAAGUCUAUUCGACGGCGCUGCCGGGUCCGGUCUCUGGCGCGGUUGCGGGCUCGUGGACCAUUCCCGAUGGUACUGCUGGUGGCAACUACCGAGCUAAAGUCAGCUACCCGCAGCACAACUUGCCUUCGGCGGAGCGCGUCUUCAACAUCCGCCAGUUCAGCACUCCCCGCAUGAAGAUGCAGCUCGAGUUCGUGAAGAAGGGCUACGGCCCCGGUGACGAGGCCGAAGCCUUGCUCGAAGUCUCUCGUGCCGAGGGCGGAGUACCGGCCAAGGCGGCCGUCACGGCGGAGGUGACUCUGGAUGGCAGCACCGUCUACCAGGGGUCGGGCCAAAUCGACGACAACGGCAAGUACACUGUCAAGUUCACGCUGCCUCGCACGAUCGAGCGCGGUGAGGGCACCCUGACCUGCACGAUCAACGACGGCGGUGUCGUCGAGUCCACGGGUCAAACUGUGCCGGUGCUGCUGCGGGACAUCGACAUGACCUUCUUCCCCGAGAGCGGUGACCUCGUCGCCCUGCCCAACCAGAGGAUCUACGUUGAAGCCUUUACUCCCGCGGGCGGCCCUGCGGACUUCAGCGGCGAGAUCAUCGACGAGUCGGGGCUCAAGGUGGGCUUCAUCACUACGGCCCACGAGGGUCGAGGCCGCGGCACCUUCAACGAGGGCUUCAUCCCCAAGGCUGGCCACCAGUACUCGGUCCGCGUGACCGCCCCCAGCGGCAUCACCAAGCUCAAGGAGCUGCCCGCGGUCAAGGCCGACGGCGCUUUCGUCUCCUCCGACAGUGACGUGUACACCUACGACACGCCCUUGGCUCUCAAGGUGGGCGCUACGACGAGCGGUCGCUACCGAGUGUCGGUCUGCAAGAAAAAUCUGGAGGUCACAUCGGCGUUCGUGGCCAUUGGUGAGAGCGGCGGCGUCGAGACCCUGUCCCUCAGCCUCCCCACCUCCACCACCUGCGACGGUGUGCUGCGCGUCACGGUCUUCGGUGAGAAUGGCAUCCCGCUGGCCGAGCGUUUGGUGCUCCGCAGGCCCAAGGCCUCGCUGGGCAUCAAGGUGAUCGCCAACAAGCAACGCUACUCGCCCGGCGAGAAGGUCAAGCUCCGCGUAUUCACCUACGACGAAAACGGCGUUCCUGUGCGCGCGCAUGUUGGCGUGGCGGUGACGGACGAUACGGUGCUCGAGAUGGUGCAGCGGAGGGAGCAGGCCCCGCGCCUGCCCGCCAUGGCCGUCUUCGAGAGCGACGUGGCCCAUCUCGAGGAUGCCCACGUCUACCUCGACCCCGCCCACCCCCUCUCCGAGCUGGCGGCCGAUCUGUUGCUGGGCACCCAGGGAUGGAGGCGCUUCGCGUUCGUGUACCCUGAGGAGUAUGUGAAGCUGGCCGCCGACGCAGACGGUGAUCUCCCCACGAUGGGAACGCCGGCGAAGCUGGGCAAGGCCAAGAACAAACAGGCGGCCGAGCGGCUGCUCGCUUUCGCCCAGGCGGAGGAGGCUGUUGAGCUCAGCAGUGGCUCCGACGAGUCCGAGGACGACGACGAGGAGGAAGAAGAGCGAGCCCGGCCGCUGUUCAGGAGGAUGGUGAAUCGGGCUAGGAAUGAGGAAGUCAAGAUGAAGAAGGCGCCGCAGAAGCGAGGGAAGAUGAUGCAGAAGGAGAAGGAGCAGGUGGUGAUGAAGCAGGAAGUGGAGAUGGAGAUGGACAUGGCCAUGGCGGCGGAGAUGGAUAUUCCGAGGCCGAUCAGGGAGAAGGAGAUGAAGGCGCCGCUGAUGAAGAGAGCCGACAAGGGGGAUAUGCAGGAGAAGAAGAAAAUGAAGAAGAAGGUGAUGGCCAAGAAGAAGGAACGCAGACUGCCCCGGUUUGAUGAGGACGAGCUGCUCGUGAAAGCGCCUAGGAGCCUCCCGCAGGUGGUCCGCGUUUACGCCCACAAGAGGAAAGCGCCCUACACACCCGGCGGCGAACGCAGCGACUUCACCGAAACGCUCUAUUGGACGGCGGCCACGACGACUGAGCUCAUCGGGUCGGAGGAUCUGGAGUUUGAGCUGAACGACAGCAUCACCACCUUCAAGGUGUGGGUUGAGGGCGUCUCCGUGCGCGGUGGUCUUCUUUGCGCCACUUCCACUCUUCUCACGAGUGUCAACGCGUUCUACGUGGAGUACAAGCUGCCGAUCGAGGUGACCAGUGGCGACGAGGUGUCGAUCCCGUUCACCGUGGUCAACACCACCAACGACGACCUCAAGGUCGCCCUCUUCCAGAAGAGCACCGGACCUUUGACAUUCACCCAGGCGGACAAGGGCAAGGCAGCCGAAGCCGAGUUUGCGGCCCUUAGCCUGCCGGCGGGUCCGCUGGUGGUGCCCCAGUCCUCCCGCGCCAGGACCGACAUCACUACCGUCGUCGAUCGUGGUGUGGAAAAGGCCCAGCAGGCCAUGGUCACCCUCAAGGCCGACGCCGGUAAGUUCGAAGACACGGUCACCAGAGAGACCAGCGUGGUGCCGAACGGCUUCCCGUUCCAGUUCGCUGCGGCGGGCCUGCUCCCCAAGAACGGGUCGGUCAAGCACAGCGUGGUCUUGCCCAAGGAGAUCGACAUGUCCACCCUCAAGACCAACGUCGUGUUCUACCUCAACCCUAUGGGCAACCUCACCCAGGCCCUCGCCGCGCUGGUUCGCGAGCCCUACGGCUGCUUCGAGCAAACAUCGUCGGUGGCCUACCCGAUGACCAUGGCCCAGCAGUAUUUCCAGUGCCACCAGGGCGCCGACGCCAAGGUCGUGGAGCAGGCGCGCAAGCACCUCGCCACCUCCUACAAGCGUCUCACCGGCUUCGAGGUCAAGGAGGGAGGCAAGCUCAGCGGCGGGUUCGACUGGUUCGGCGAGCCUGCCGCCAGCGAGUCCCUCACGGCGUACGGCCUGCUGGAGUUCAGCGACAUGAGCCAGGUGCACCCCGUGGAGCCUCAGCUCAUCGAGAGAGUCAAGACCUGGCUUCUGUCGAGGCGGGACGGCAAGGGUCAGUUCAUGCGCGGCGGACGAGCCUUGGAUGACUUUGGUCGGGCUCCGGUCGAGAUCACCAACGCCUACAUCUGCUGGGCGCUGUCCGAGGCCAAGCUUCCCGCUGAGUCCUUUGCCAAGGAACUGGACCAUGUGCUCGAGGAGGCUUUGAAGUCGGAGAAGAGCAAGGACCCCUACUUCCUCGGCCUGACUGCCCUUGCCCUGUACAACGUGGGUCGCAAGAGCGACGGUGACUCGCUGUCGCAGCUGCUGGUUGCCCUGCAGAACGAGAACGGUGCGGUGCACGGCGCGCACAACCCCAACUACGGCGAGGGUCUGCUCCUCGAGGCGUCGUCGCUGGCCAUCCUGGCAUGGAUCAAGGGCGACGCUAAGUUCCGUCCCAAUGUGGAGCAGUCGAUGCAGUGGGUGGCCUCCAAGUGCAAGGACGGCCGUUUCGGCUCGACCCAGUCCACCAUCCUUGCCCUCAAGGCCAUUAUCGAGUACGACUUGCUCAAGGCCUCGCCCGAGGCCGGGGAGUUGGGCAUGGUUGUCAAUGGCGAGGUGGCGGCCAAGGUCCGCACCGACGACGCGGAGCGAGAGGACAAGAACAAGAUCACGCUGCCUUCGUUCGCGCACAGCCUCAAGGCGGGUCAGGACAACGAACUCGAGCUCUAUCUGGAGGGCGGCGCCGAGAUGCCCUACUCCAUCGCCAUCACCUAUUUCACGCCCAAGCCCGAUAACCACGACAACUGCCGUGUGCGUCUGAGCACCACGCUCAAGGACACCAAGCUGGUUGAAGGUCAGGGCAGCGAGAUCCGCGUGGCUCUCAAGAACGUCGACGAUAAGGACGGCCAGCCCAUGACUCUGGCCAUUGUCGGUUUGCCCGGUGGGCUGGAGCCGCGCCACGACCAGCUCAAGGAGUUGGUCAAGGCCAAGACCAUCGCCUACUACGAGGUCAUCGGCAGGGAGGUGUGCUGCUACUUCCGCCAGCUCCAGCCGAGCGAAGAGGUCCAAUUCCGCGUUGACGUGGUGGCGAGAAUUCCGGGCGUCUACACGGGUCCGGCCAGCCGCGCCUAUCUGUACUACACCAACGAGGAGAAGCACUGGAACGACCCCCUCGCCGUCACCAUCGCGCCAGCCCAGCAGUGA